UUGUAUGCACGUUGAAUAGUAGUGUUCAUUCCAAUGUGCCUCCAUGUGAAGGGCGUUGUCUCAUAAAAAUUUUUCAAAAACAAAAAAAAACAAGAAAUUAGUAACAAAAUUUGUAUAUUUACAAUUUUUUUUUUGAAAAAUGCUGAGCACAAUUUAUUUCUUCACAAUAAUUUUAUCAUUUUUUCACAAUUCACAUUCUUUGACGCAAGAGGGUUCAGGAUGUUUUAUUCCGACUGUAAUAAGAGGAUCCUGGUUCUCUUGGGAAACUGGACAAAAUACAUUGACAGAAAUAAAUGCGGAGACAAUGUCGGAUCGAGGAUAUUGUGUUAAUGUAAUCGAGGAAUACCACGUGAAUUACACUUUUGUGUUCAAAAAUAAUAAUUGUUACCAUUGCGUUAAAUUACUCGUAAGAACAGUAAAUGUUCUCGAAAAACUCGAAUUAAAAUGUGUAAAUAUUCCACCAGGAGUUGAACCAACGGUAGAAAAUGUUUGCAGAGGACUACGACCUGAUCAACAAUUAGUUACAUUAUUUUCGGAGAAUUAUGUACCAAUUAAUUGUCGAUCGUCUCUUGAAGGUGUUUGGCAAUUUGCCUAUCAGAAUCGCUUCAGAUUUACUGGUGUCUGUGAUCAUCCGGAUGCACAAAUUAAAUCCUGUCAAACAGCCGGUUCGCAAUUUUUGAUUACCAAUCAAAAAUUUAAUAUCACUUACAAAAGAUGUCCGGGAAUGAAGGAAACAUUCGAUGGAGUCGUGGAAUACAGUUGUUUGGGCCAUUGGUUCGUGGGGAAAAAUCAUUUCUUCGCAGUGGCGAAUACGAAAGAAUCGCGUAAAGACGAAAAGUAUAGGUGCUUCUUGAAAAAUCGUGAUGACGAUCUUUAUAUUGGUGUUUCGAUAACGGCCGAAUGUAAUACAUUGAAAACUGUUGAACAAAGUCCAGAACGUUUAAGAGUUAAACCGGUGAAGGCGGAAGUUGUAGAACCCGGUUGUCGACUACCUCAGAAUAUGACUGGAAGAUGGAUUAAUACAGCAAAUAUUGAUGCGAAUGUUGUUAUUAAUGAAACACAUAUUAUGGAAACUUGGAAUCCAGAUCAAAGUCGAUCGCGAGAUGUUACUUACGUUUGUCAAGAGCAAAGAGGCACUAGAGUAAUGAUGGCAAGAUUAACUGUUGAUGGAUGUCAAAAGGAUUACGUUUGUUUCGAUUUUGUACCACAACAUCACAAUGUGAUUCGAUACAGAAGAGGAGUGGCUGUGAUAAAAAAUGAAUUCUCCACUGUUUGCUCCUGGGUGCAAUUUAAAAAUAAAGUUGAUUGGAAAUACGAAUUAUUCCUUGCGCAAAAUCCUGUGCCAGUAAGAUGUCCGGUUGCUGGAAAAUUUAGAUUCGAACAAAAGGGUGACACUUUAUUCGAGACAAGAAUUCUCGGCGGUGUAACACUUUCGCCCCGUCCAAAUCUUUAUUGUAAACAAAAUAUUUCCGAUUUUUCGGUUUGCGAUACCGAUCAAAAGGAAAUUGCCAUCGAUGAAACAUAUUGUCUCACUGUCGAUCACUUGGGCCGACCGGUUGAUAUUUACAGUGAACCUGAUUAUAAAAUGAAGUGCAUCGGCUAUUGGAAGGAGAAUUUAAAAUCAUAUUUGAUUACUUACGACGAUUUGGAUCCUCACAGUAAAUACCGUUGUUGGGUUUAUCAGAGAGCGGAUUUAAAUCGAGUCCUCAUGUCUCAAGCUAUUGGCGCUUUUUGCGGACUCAAUCAAGACGUUACAAGCUAUAAUUACACUGAAGGCGCCGCAGUCGCCAUACAAAUGGAGGAAUAUGAACGAGAAAGAGAUCAGUGUCCAAUGCAUUUUGACGACGGUAGCAAUCCAUGGUUGAAGACUGAAAACUACAUAAAUGUUUUCCAUUUUGGUGCUGCUGGUACAGCCACUUUAUCGCCUUUAAUAUUUCCGGUAAUUUUUAUCACUUUCUUACAAUAUUUCGUAUGAGAGAUUGAAAAAAAAGAAAUUCAUAUAUAUUUUUGUUUCUAUAUACGUAUGAAAUUUUAUAAAUCCUAUCG